UACUAGAUCAAUUUAUUGUUUCUCUCAACAUUAGUGUUUGGAAUUCAGUGUUGGUAUAAUGUUUCAUCAGCAACAUAUUAAAGGAAUAAGCAAUCUUGCUUUUCGAACAAUAAGAUGUCUUCAUGUUCAAGGAAAUAUUUCUAUGCCUCCAUGUGAUUUUAAACCUGAACCAUAUGAUAGUAUUAGCUAUGACAAAGUUAGAGAAAUCAGACAAAAGCACAUGGUACCGGGUCUUUUAACAUAUUACAAAAAGCCUGUUAUGGUUCAUCAAGGCCAUAAACAAUGGUUAUUUGAUUAUGAUGGAAAGCGUUAUUUAGACAUGUUUGCUGGUAUUGUUACAGUUGGUGUUGGACAUUGUCACCCAAAAGUUGAAGAAGCAACCUUUAAACAAAUGAGAAAAUUGUGGCACACAACAAAUAUAUACUUACACCCUAAAACUCAUGAGUAUGCAGAAAAACUUGCAUCUAAAAUGCCUGGAGAUCUUAAGGUUGUUAUGUUUUUUAACAGUGGAAGUGAAGCCAAUGACAUGGCAAUGAUGCUUAUGCGAGCAUAUACAGGAAACUGGGAUAUUAUUUGUCACAGAAACUCAUACCAUGGAGCUGGUCCUCACACUCUUGGAAUACUAUCACAUUCUAAUUGGAAAUACAAUACGCCACUAGGUUUUGGGUGUCAUGCUAUGAUGAAUCCUGACCCUUACAAAGGACCAUGGGGAAGUGAAAACUGUAGAGAUUCUCCUGUUAAGAGUGGAUUGCCAUGUGAUUGUUCACCAGGUAAAUGUGUAGCAGCCGAUGCUUAUGCCAAGCAGUUGCAAGAUGUUCUAGAUUUUAGCGUCCCUAAUAAAAUUGCUGGAUUUUUUGCCGAGCCUAUUCAAGGUGUUGGAGGUACAGUGCAGUAUCCAAAAAACUACAUGAAAAUGGCUUAUGAGAAGAUUAGAGAGCAUGGGGGACUUUGUCUUUCAGAUGAGGUUCAAACUGGCUUUGGUCGUCUUGGUAGUCACUAUUGGGGCUUCGAAUCAAUGGGUGUUAUGCCUGAUAUGGUAACAUGUGCUAAAAGUAUAGCUAACGGCUUUCCGAUGGCUGCUUUAAUAACAACACCCAAGAUUGCAGAAACAAUGAAGUCUGCAGUUACUUUCAAUACAUUUGGAGGAAAUCCAAUGGCUUGUUCCGCUGCAUCUGCAGUUCUAGAUAUUAUUGAUGAAGAGGGUCUCAUGCAUAAUUCAGACGUUGUAGGAACAUUUUUCUUAAACCAGCUUGAUACCUUACGUAAGGAGUUUGAUAUAGUGGGUGAUGUCAGAGGUAAAGGGUUAAUGAUUGGAGUUGAAAUGGUCACAGAUAAGGCUAGCCGUAAACCGCUUCCUCCAGCACUAAUGUUAGAUAUAUGGGAACGAACAAAAGAUUAUGGAGUUCUGUUUGGUAAAGGCGGAAGAUUUGGCAAUGUUUUUCGCAUAAAGCCCCCAAUGUGCAUUACUAAAGAAGACGCGAUCUUUGCCACUGCAGUUCUUCGACAGUCUAUCAAAGAUCAUCUACAAAAUAUCUAAAAAAAUUUUGCUUUAUUAUAGCGUUAUAUUUUAUUCUUUUUUUUCUUUCACAUUAGAAAACUUACUACAUUACCUCUUGAAUUUUUUUUUACUAUUGAGAGUUGUUAAAAAAUUUGUAAACUUAUAAAUUUUUAUAUAAUAUAUUUUAUAUAGUUUAUAUAAUAGAUAAAAAAAUUUUAUUGAUUU